AUGGCCAGUUGUGGUGAGAAAAGUCGGACCCAGCCUCAGUUCAUCAGUGGCUCAAGUAACGUAUGCGCCACGAGAAACGUCACCACCCGUCUUCGAGACAUUUAUGAUCCCAAGCCUUCUCUGAAAGCCCCAGUCCGGAUACGCCCUCCAGGUCCAAGACCUCCCUCAGUAAAAGAGCUCAAUUUAAAGCAAAGCUUUGCCAGUGAUCCUCCAACCAAGACGAUCAUGAGGAGACGAACUCAGUCUCUUCCUUCAUCAGCAGAGACAAAAAAGGAACUUCGUAGCCUGCAGGUACGCUUUGUGGACUCAUUGGGCCUCGAGUUAGAGGAUGUUAAGGUCUUCAAAGUUCAAGAGCAGCCCCUAAUACCCCAGCAUGUCAUGUUCAGACUGCUGAUGAGCUCUGAGCUGGCUUUCGGGAAGUCACUGGAGCUGUCCCUGCCUUACUUCAAACCUUGUUUCCCUGAAAAUAUGAAGGCUCAAGCAGACUUCCUGAAGCGCCUCUGCACUCAGGGCGUGUGUCUGGAGCAGGUCGUGUGUUCAGAGCAGGGGAUAACGGGCACUAUACAAGUUCUGAACUUAGCUUAUGAGAAGGAAGUCACAGUGCACUACUCUUUCACCAACUGGAGAACACACACGGAAACAACAGCAUCCUGGGUGUCCAGCGGGUACGGUGGUGAGUGCGACGCUCCAGAGGCCGAUAUCUUCAGAUUUCGUCUACCUGUCCCACCCUUCCUUCUGCAGCCAGGAGCCAUGUUAGAGUUUGCCAUCUGCUACCACGUAAAAGGAUGUAAUCGUUGGGACAACAACAGUGGGCAUAAUUAUAAACUAUCAUGCCACAGUUACAAGGUGACUGUGCCUAGAGAGUGUGAGGACAGCAUGCUGCAUUUUACCUGA